AUGAACCCCAUCAACUCAACCAUGCCAAUAGUAGAAGGAAGGAUAUUUGCCCGAGAGGUCCCCACAUUUCAAGAGAAGACGAAAGCCUCAUUUGGAAAUCUUAUGGACGAAGAAAUGAGUCGUCAGACCGCCACCGCGCUGCCCACAGGAACCUCCAAGUGCCCCCCCUCCCAGCGCGUGCAGACUUUGUCAGGCACCACUGCAUCCAACAGUGACCUGGCCAGUCUGUUCGAGUGUCCUGUGUGCUUCGACUAUGUCCUGCCGCCCAUCCUGCAGUGCCAGUCCGGACACCUGGUGUGCUCCAACUGCAGACCCAAGCUCACCUGCUGCCCCACCUGCAGAGGGCCUCUGGGCUCCAUCAGGAACCUGGCCAUGGAGAAGGUGGCAAACUCUGUGCUGUUCCCCUGCAAGUACGCGUCAUCGGGCUGCGAAGUAACCUUGCCUCACACUGACAAAACUGAGCAUGAGGAGCUGUGCGAGUUCAGGCCCUACUCCUGCCCCUGUCCUGGAGCCUCCUGCAAAUGGCAGGGCUCCCUGGACGCUGUGAUGCCCCACCUGAUGCACCAGCACAAAUCCAUCACUACACUGCAGGGGGAGGACAUCGUGUUCCUGGCCACAGACAUAAACCUUCCCGGGGCUGUGGACUGGGUUAUGAUGCAGUCGUGCUUCGGCUUCCACUUUAUGCUGGUGUUGGAGAAACAGGAGAAGUACGAUGGGCACCAGCAGUUCUUUGCCAUUGUGCAGCUCAUUGGGACUCGGAAGCAGGCGGAGAACUUUGCGUACCGCCUGGAACUGAACGGGCACAGGCGCCGACUCACUUGGGAAGCCACGCCACGUUCUAUCCAUGAGGGCAUUGCCACGGCCAUCAUGAACAGCGACUGCCUUGUGUUUGACACAUCCAUCGCACAGCUCUUUGCAGAGAACGGUAAUCUGGGCAUCAACGUGACCAUCUCCAUGUGCUAA